UGUUGUGUUAUGGGCGUAACACUGAACUCUUUACGAUUAUAUAUAUUUCACACCGGGGCUACUUCCGGCGUCCACUUUGCUCGUCCUAAGAAAAAUGGCAAACGUCGACCUCGCUCGCGUUGGAAAGAACUUGCUGAAGAGCUCCGACAGCGAAGAGAGUGUGGAGCUCCAGUCCCUGUGGCAGCACCAGCCCGUGGUCUUGUUCUUCCUGCGGCGGUUCGGCUGUCAGGUGUGUCGGUGGACGGCGUCAGAGAUCAGCAAGCUGGAGCCGGACCUGCGAGCCGGCGGCGUGGCACUGGUCGGCGUGGGACCAGAGGAGUUUGGGCUGAAGGAGUUCAAGGAGAAAGGGUUUUUUAAAGGAUCCAUUUACGUGGACGAGCAAAAGAAAAGCUACAAGGAUUUGGGCUUCAAGAGGUACACAGCCUUAAGUGUGGUUCCUGCCGCUUUGGGGAAGAAAGUACGAGAUGCAGCUGCUAAGGCCAGUGCAGAAGGAAUCCAGGGAAACUUCUCCGGAGAUCUGCUGCAGAGCGGCGGCAUGCUUAUCGUUGCCAAAGGUGGAGAAAAGGUUCUGCUGCACUUCAUCCAGGAUUCACCUGGAGACCACAUCGCUCUAGAGGAUAUUUCCAAGGCUUUGGGUAUUUCAGCCAGAGUAACAGAAGGACAGAGGCCAGUGUGUAACGAUGAUGUUUGUACACGAUGAUGACGGCGUCUCAUGGUACCUGAGCAACGAACAACCUGAGAUGGAGACUUGGGAAGUGGAACAUCAUUCAAAAUAACUGCCAUAAUUGUCAGUCUUUGUGACAAUAUGAUUUAUGAUGAUAUUGUCUACAGUGAAAGCUGAAAUUACCUUAAUGAUUAAAAAAAACUUUUUUGUAUUAAUAUAAUAUUAUGAUAUUAUAAUAUUGUGAUUUCCUUAUUUUAAUUUUGUGAAAUUUAAAAAAUGCUACUUACCUAACACUUACUGAUUAAAGUGAUUCAUUACACUUCAAAAAAUAUAUCUAUGUAUGUAUUUAAUUGUAACUAAAGUUUAACAUCAUUAA